UUUAUGCCACGCAUCGGCCCCUCCCUUCCGGUGGACCCGGAAACCGUGGAUCCGGAACACGCCAUGGAGCGAGCGAGCGAUAAUUUCAUCGUUUGCGAACUCAUGCUCGGCACAACGACCACCGAAAGUUAUGCGGACUUUGAUGCUAACGACAUACAGUACGGAUUUGAAGAGGACCAAAGAAACAGGAUACUCCGUACCUACGUCCGCAAUGCGUAUGUCUACCAUUUAAAUGAAAUCUUCUCAGCAGUGAAAAAUGAGUAUACGGAUUGGGACAAGCCAAUUCAACAUCCGAUCAACAUCAGGGACUCAACAAUGGAAGCUUUGAGUGACGGUCACACGGUGGCGCCGCUGAUCAGGGUGGCGUAUCUUCACGCCAGGAGGGGAGCCAAGACGUACUUUUUUCACUUCGGGUAUCAGACCAAGGACAGCGACUAUCCGCAGCGUCUUGGUAGUGUCCGUGGCGAGGACCUCACUUACAUCCUGGGCAUGCCUCUGGUAGGAGGUCAACCCUACUUUCCCGCAAACUUCAGCCGGCAAGACAUCGCUGUAGCAGAAGCAGUAUUACUGUUUUUCAGCAACUUUGCCAAGAGUGGAGAUCCCAACACUGCCCCGGCUCCAGCAAAGGACCUGCCGGAUUAUGGAGCGGCCAGGGAAAGGACUAGGUAUAAGGGCUUGGUGUGGGAUCCUUACGAGAUCGGCACGCAGUUCUACCUCAGCAUGAGUAAGUAG